UUUCAGGUGAAACCUCAAUUAGAAGCAAGGGAAAACACGACCUACCCUGUUUUCACUGCUACAGAAUAUAGAUCACAAGUGGUUGCUGGAACAAACUACUUUGUUAAGAUUGACGUGGGUAAUGGCGCUUUUGUACAUGUGCGUAUAUUUCGACCGCUCCCAGGCAGCGACAAGGAAGUCUGCUUGACUGAUUACCAGACUGGAAAAAAGGCGAGUGAUCCACUGAACUACUUUGGCUAGGCAUUCUCUCUGGUCUGAGGCUCUUUUCUACAUGCAGAUCAAAGCUGCUGUGACAAAGUCAGCAAAUGCUUAAAAAUAAAACAAACCAGAUUUGAAAAA